GAAGUAAUGCAUAUUUUAAAGUAUGAUUUCCUGUUUAUCUUUCUAAUUAUUCAGCAGUACAGCUCAAUUCCUUGUUUAGUUAAUCUUAUCUUUUUCUUUUCAAUUUAGCAGCCUGCCCUUCUCUCUUUUACCAAUUCAACUCUUGAAUAAUCUCAAAAUUUCUCUUUUAUGCAUUUAAAGACCCACAAGUCUCUUCUGCAAUCUCAGUUUUUUUUUUCCCUUUGGUUUUCUUAUUUUUUCCAUCUAUUAGUCAGAAUUACUCAUCUGGGUAGUCUUUGUUUCUCCUUCUUGUAAUCCUAUAAUCAAGUGGUAAGGAGUGAGGUGUGCCAUAUAAGAUGGAUACCCGUCCGAUUUAUGCAGAAAUGAUGUCAUUUGGAGGUUCACAUCAUGGCCAAGGUCAACAAGUUUUGCCUUUUGAGACCAGUAAAGGGUCUCUAAAAGUUAUGCUUUUACAUGGAAAUUUAGAUAUUUGGAUCAAGGAGGCUAAAAACCUCCCAAACAUGGAUAUGUUCCACAAGAAACUUGGUGACAUGUUUGGAAAGUUCAAUGUGAAGAUAAGCAGCAAAAUUGAGGGUCAUAUGGCUCAGAAGAUAACCAGUGAUCCUUACGUCACUGUCUCGGUUGCUGGUGCUGUAGUUGCCAGGACUUUUGUGAUUAGUAAUAGUGAAAACCCAGUUUGGAGGCAGCAUUUCCAUAUUCCUGUUGCGCAUCAUGCUGCAGAAGUGCACUUUGUUGUUAAAGAUAGUGAUAUUGUUGGCUCCCAAAUUAUGGGCGCUGUGGGGAUACCCGUGGAGCAAUUAUACUCAGGUACAAGAGUUGAGGGACUAUUUCCUAUCCUUAACUCAGGUGGAAAGCCCUGCAAGGAUGGAGCUGUACUAAAUUUGUCAAUUCGGUACUCCCCUGUUGAGCAACUGAGCCAUUAUCACAGGGGAGUUGGUUCAGGCCCUGAUGACAAUGGAGUUCCUGGCACAUACUUUCCUCUUAGGAGAGGUGGUAAAGUUACACUAUAUCAAGAUGCUCAUGUUCAUGAGGGUUGCCUGCCAGAUUUGAAGCUCGAAGGUGGUGUCCAUUUCAAUCAAGCAGGUUGUUGGGAGGACAUCUAUAAUGCCAUAAGUCGGGCACGUCGAUUGAUUUACAUUGCAGGGUGGUCUGUCUACCAUACAGUUAGAUUAGUUCGAGAUGGUAGUAAUGCAUACACGUUAGGGGAUCUUCUAAAGACUAAGUCACAGGAAGGUGUUAGAGUGCUACUCCUUGUGUGGGAUGAUCCUACUUCUAGAAGGAUUUUGGGAUACAAAACGGAAGGGAUCAUGAGCACAAGUGAUGAGGAGACUCGCCGUUUUUUCAAACACUCUUCAGUGCAAGUUUUACUUUGCCCCCGAUCUGCUGGAGAAGGACAUAGCUGGUUCAAAAAGCAGGAAGUUGAGGCAAUCUAUACACAUCACCAGAAAACUGUGAUUGUGGAUGCUGAUGCUGGACAAUUCAGGAGGAAGAUCAUUGCCUUUGUUGGAGGUCUUGAUUUGUGCAAGGGUCGAUAUGAUACUCCGAAACAUCCUCUUUUUAAGACUUUAAAAACUGUGCACCAGGAUGACUUUUAUAACCCUUCAUUCAUGGAGCCUAAAGCUGAUGGUCCAAGAGAACCAUGGCAUGACUUACACUGCCAAAUUGAUGGUCCAGCUGCAUACGAUAUCCUUACCAAUUUUGCGGAGCGUUGGUUAAAGGCUUCUAAGCCUCAUGGCCUUCAGAAGCUUACGACUUCAACUGAUGAUGCAUUACUCAAGCUUGAAAGAAUUCCUGAAAUAAUUGGGUUGACAGAAGCUUCUUGCCUAAGUGAGAAAGAUCCAGAGACUUGGCAUGUUCAGGUUUUUCGUUCAAUUGAUUCAAAUUCUGUGGAAGGAUUUCCAGAUGACCCCAAAGAGGGCACAAGGAUGAACUUGGUAUGUGGGAAGAAUGUUCUCAUAGACAUGAGUAUUCAUACAGCAUAUGUCAAGGCAAUCAGGGCUGCCCAACAUUUCAUAUAUAUCGAGAACCAGUACUUUCUUGGCUCAUCAUAUAAUUGGGAUUCUCACAAAGAUCUAGGUGCAAACAAUCUAAUACCAAUGGAGAUUGCUCUUAAAAUUGCCAACAAAAUCAGAGCAAAUGAGAGGUUUGCUGCAUAUAUUCUCAUACCAAUGUGGCCAGAAGGUGUUACUACAAGCGCUCCUAUUCAAAGGAUUCUCUAUUGGCAGCAUAAAACCAUGCAAAUGAUGUAUGAAACCAUUUACAAGGCUCUGGUGGAGGUUGGGCUUGAGAAUAAAUAUGAGCCACAAGACUAUUUAAAUUUCUUUUGCCUUGGCAAUCGUGAGCCAUCAGACGGGGUAGAUGGUUCCAAUGCUAAAAAAUGCAAUGCAGCAAACAUGCCACAGGCACUCAGUAAGAAGAGUCAACGUUUUCAGAUAUAUAUUCACUCCAAAGGUAUGAUCGUGGAUGAUGAAUAUGUUAUAAUUGGAUCAGCAAAUAUCAAUCAGCGCUCCAUGGAGGGCACCAGAGAUACUGAAAUAGCGAUGGGCGCAUAUCAACCUCGCCACACCUGGUCAAGCAAACUCUCUAAUCCACAUGGCCAGGUGUAUGGAUAUAGAAUGUCACUGUGGGCAGAGCACACUGGAGCAAUAGAGGAAUGUUUUAAUCGACCAGAAAGUGUAGGAUGCGUAAGAAGAGUAAGGUCCCUGGGGGAACACAAUUGGAAACAAUAUGCAGCUGAAGAGAUAACAGAAAUGAAGGGCCACCUUCUCAAAUAUCCCGUUGAAGUUGAUCGGAGCGGCAAGGUGAAGCCUCUUCCUGGCAUGGAAACGUUUCCGGAUGUUGGUGGUAAGAUAUUGGGGUCUUUCAUAGCCAUUCAAGAGAAUCUCACCAUUUAAUUAACUUAUUCAGCUUACUCUUGUGUCCCUGGCCUCGCCUCCUGUGUUGAGCCCUCUGAUGAUGCCUUGAUUUUUGUUAGCUGGCUCGUUUAUUUAAUGUUUUUUCUCCAUCAGUUUGUUUGAUAUACAUUUUUUUGAUAUAUAGUUUUAGAUGUUAAGGAACAUGAUAUUUGUUUAAACGACAAACACCAUGACAAUCAUUUACUGCUUCUAAGUAAGUUCAAUGAAGGGCCUUACUCUUCCUGCAAAUUCCAAAAACUCUCUAGAAUUGAAACAUUGCUCAAUUUCUCUAUA